GCAACAUCGGAGUUUGAUCAAGCAGCCGCUGUCAGCACCUUUAUUGCAAGUCUUCUCACCUCGGAAAUUAUCAAUAAAUGUAGAAAGUACCCACGUCUGAUUCUACUAUAAGUUACAUCAAUGCCAGAUCGUCCAAGUUGACCUGCCAGCACUCUGACCAUAUCGUAGCCCCGCCACAAUGACCCAACCACGCAACCCAAUCCUUAUCGCCGGCGGCGGCAUCUCCUCCCUCCUCCUUGCGCGCUCCCUCCUCCGCUCCUCCAUCCCGUUCCUCCUCUUCGAGAACGACGCCUCGUUGACCUUCCGCGCCCAGGGCUACCGCCUUCGCCUUUCGGCCGAGGGCCUCGACGCCAUCGAGUUUGUCCUCGGACCCGAUGCGUGGCAGCGCUUCUGGGACACGUGCGGAAAGACUGGAGGCGGGGGCCUUGGGACCGUGGAUGCGCGGACGGGAGAGAAACUAGAGCCGCCGAAAUCUGCUGAUGGGAAGAAGUCUGUGACUCAGACCCUUGCGAGUCGCGAUGGGAAGGUCGUGGGGAUUUCGCGCGGGGAUAUGCGAAGGUUGUUUAUGGAGGGAUGCGAGGAGUUUGUGCAUUGGUCGCAUCACGUCACAGGCUAUGGAUUAACUGCCAAUGGUGUCCACGCCAUCUUUGCGGACGGCUCGAAGUCGGUGGAGGGAUCUAUGCUGAUUUCUGGUGAGGGUAUCCGUUCCAGCGUCGCCAAGCAGCUUUCGGGCGGGAAACUGAAGGUUUAUGACACGGGCGCGAGAGGAAUCCACGGACAGGCUCCAACGACGGCAUUCAAGAGGCUUGGAGAAGGCGUAUGGAUCCUCCUUGACGAAUCUCACCCUAAGGGAAAAGUUUCCGUCAUUACCAACGUCCGUCCGGACGAGAUGGACGAUCCGUCCCUGAAUUUCGGGUGGACCAUGGUCGCCGAGCCUGGCAUUGUCGCACCGCCUAACAAUGAUGAUUCUACGAUCGGCGCCCCAGCCGCCGAUGUGGCCAAAGAGCUUACAGCUGACUGGCACCCGCGCUUUAAACCCCUUUUUGACGAGAUGGUGUCCUCUGACGCGGCGUUCUGGAAAAUUACUUGCUCGACCCCCACUGGUGUGCCGGAGUGGGAGAACCAGAACAGAGUAACUGUGAUUGGAGAUGCAGCGCAUUCCAUGACGCCUGCUGGGGGGAUUGGGGCGAAUACUGCGGUUAGGGACUCGGCGCUUCUUGGUAAAUUGCUCGCUGAAGCGGGGGGUUAUAAGGAGGGCGUGACAGCUGCGUAUGAGAAGGAGAUGAGGGUUUAUGCUAGUGAGGCUGUCCAGGCGAGUUAUGGGAUGGCGAAGAAUCAGAUGGGGAUUGUGAUUGACGAAAAUACGAAGACGUUGUGAGGGUGUGGGUGUUACCCAAGGGAUCUAUUAGAUAUAUCACAGGCAUAUAUUCCGCUCAACUCGGCGCAAUUUAUAACCAACAAA